GUUGGGGCACAUACGAUCCGAGGUGAUGGAAAGAUUCAAGGAAAUGUUUAGUAGUGCACUGAGCGCGGGGAAAGACUUUGCAGUGGCUACUUCUGAGUGCAGCGAGUCGUGUUUGGUACAAUUUGAUGAUAAAUGCAAAGAUGCUGCCAUUGACCAAGCUAACUGGGACUCGUCUAAAAUAAAAGAUAAGUUCAAGCGUGAUGUUGAUGCCCAUAUUGUUGCAGUCCGUGCUUCCAAGCUGGAUGAACUUACAACCCUUAACGAGAAAAAACUGAAUGAGGCGUUGUCUGGACCAGUUGAGUCUCUGUUGGAUGGAGCUAGUGAUGAUACAUGGCCAGCAAUAAGAAAACUACUAAGACGUGAAACAGAUGCAACAAUCCAUGGCUUUUCUUCUGCACUUUCUGGUUUUAAGAUGGAUGAAGAGACCCAUAGUGAUAUACUUUCAAGGUUGAAAGAUUAUGCUAGAGAAGUGGUGGAAACAAAGGCUAGGGAAGAAGCUGGAAGGGUUUUGAUGCGCAUGAAGGAGAGGUUUUCAACAAUAUUUAGCCAUGACACAGAUUCAAUCCCAAGAGUUUGGACAGGAAAGGAAGACAUCAGAGCCAUUACCAAAACUGCUCGUUUAUCUUCUCUGAAGAUACUCUCAGUCAUGGCUGCAAUCCGGUUGGAUGAUGAAGCUGAUAAUAUUUCAAAAAUCCUGACCCUUGAUUUAUUGGAUGGUAAACCAGGGGUGGCUGCUAACAAAAGUAUCACAUCACUUGACCCUCUGGCCUCAAGCACUUGGGACUAUGUUGAUCCAUCAAAAACAUUGAUCACGCCUGUUCAGUGCAAGACUUUGUGGAGGCAAUUUAAAACUGAGACAGAAUACACUGUCACCCAAGCCAUAUCUGCUCAGGAGACAAGCAAGAGAAACAACAACUGGUUGCCGCCUCCAUGGGCAAUUCUUGCCUUAAUUAUCUUGGGAUUCAAUGAAUUUAUGACGCUUUUAAGAAAUCCUUUGUACUUGGCUUUUAUAUUUGUUGCUUUUCUUCUUUUAAAAGCACUAUGGGUGCAACUAGACAUCGCGGGUGAAUUCCGAAAUGGAGCUCUUCCUGGUAUUAUUUCUAUAUCAACAAAGAUCAUUCCUACGGUCAUGGACAUGGUUAAACGGCUAGUGGAGGAAGGACAAGGGCGGGAAAGAAGUAAUUAUCCCCAACCCAAUUCGACCUUACCUUUCAAGAGCUUCAGGAAUGGAAUUGAUGAUCUCGGUGGAGACACAUCAUCAAGCAGUUCUUCAUCUGAGGUGUGUUCUUCAGAAACCAAUUCUAACUUCUCCAGUCCCAGGGGGGAUAAGAAGUUCCAAUAAGUCAUGUUUUGGCAGCACAGUUUUUGUUUUGACCUCCAAUAAUCCUAGCAUGCCAAUUCAAGUAGAUCUAUUCAUUCAUUCUUUUUUGUCAAGGUGGUUUUUUUACUGCUAUGGGGUUGUAAUAUGCUAGUAGCCCUCCCAGUGUUUGGUUUUCUUGUUGGCCUUUUUAUUUUGAAUUCAGUGAUCUUGCCUUCCAUUUUUUGUCUUUCGAGGGGCAUAAUAAGAUCAUGCCGUUCUUCAGAGGAAAGUUAUGUAUAUUUGUUUUUACUUUUUUCAAUUUUGUAUAACGAACAUGUCAAAAGGGAAGCAUGUAGUAUAUUGAACAUGUCAAAAAUUGGUGUUUUGACUAAUAAAUAAA